AUGAGAAACUCGCUCGCAUCACCAUCAUCACCAGGAUUUUCAUACCUUCUUCUUUUUAAAGAAGAAUACCAUGCUCGCAUUGCAGAAGGAUUAGGUCCAUCACCAACUGUUCACGCGGUUUUUUCUUUCUUUUCUAUUAAUGAUUUAGAUUAUCGCACAAAUUUAUAUAUAAAACCAACUCGAUUAGAUGAUAUUAAACAGGUCACAAUCGAAUCUGGAGAUCAUCCGAUAAGGCCGAAGCGUCAGUAUGCAGGUUGGGAUGGGGAUAUAGUUGAGACUGAUGAUGAAUAUGAUGAAAGAAUAGUGCGAUGGUUAAAUGAACGUCAAAGAUGGUUUGAGGCGAAAGAUUUUAUGUAUAGAAUUAGCAAUAAAAAUUAUCUAGAUUAUAAAUUUUCAUAG